AUGGAUUCUCCAUCGAGCGCGACGCCGAGCCCGACAAAGGCCCUCAAUCCCCUGUCACCAGACCGGAUGAACCAGCAGAUCGGACUUGGCUCACCCUCAAUGUCAUCGGAUAUUUUCAACAUUCAGCGGAAGACUCCCCGGGGACUCAUCGAUGUACAGGCCAAGGUCGCGUAUCUGAACAAUUUGUCGCGAGGAAACAGCCCCGCGCAGGGCUCACAGCCUUCAGCAGCAUCUACGGCAGCUCUUCAGCGGGCUAUCCUUGGGCGCGAAGAGGCUGAGUCGGCGUUGGCCAAUGUUUCCGCUCAGCUUUCUGAAGCCCAGUCGCGGGAGCGUCGGAUAAGUGAAAGACUGGAGUCCCUGCUGGAAGAACUGCAAACAACAAAAGAACGCCAGGCCCACGAGCGAUCAAUCUUCGAAAAAGAAAUUAGGAAGGCGAGGAAGGAGGCUUUUCGAGCUGGCUCCGUUCUGGUGAAAACACAGGAGGAGCUGAAAAACGCAAGAAACGAAGCAAAAGGAUACAAAGACGAGGCCCAGGCAGAGCGAGCAGCAAAAGAACAAGCGAAACAGGAGGCUUUCGAACGCGCUUAUGCUAUUGCUGGACUCACGGAGGAGAUGGAGGUCCUUAAAGAACAGCUACGGGCCGCCGAGGCCAACAACCACUCGCAGAAGCUCGAAGCGCAAGCGCAGCAGAAGAAGAACGAUAUUGGACGAAUGUCGCUGACUGAAGGCGAUCUCAAUCUCUUGUUGACACCUACCCCUCGGAGACCAAAACGUUCUGCUGAGGAAAUAGCCAAUCCGCCUCAAGCCAAUGUCGCUGAAUCUUCACCCGUCAAGGAUACCCCUCCCAAGAGGCAAAGGAUGUCAGACGUAAUUCCUAGAAAGGAGGCCGCGGAGAUCACGACACUCGAUGUACAUGAAGAACAGAUCGCUGAGUUGGAGGAGACUCUCAGGCGCGAGCGUCAACUCAGAGUCGACGCCGAGGGAAUGCUUGAAUUCUUGCGCCUGGAGUGCCAUUUUAAACGUUGCACUUGCCGCUUGGCAGAGCAGAAAAGCACUCCUCAUACCCAUGAACCGCAAAGCGUGGAUACGACGAAAAAGGAUGAGUUGGAACACCCAAAACAUCGCAAAAAUGACCAGAACGCACUUGCUGCACCAGAGGAGCCAAGUCCGUCUCAUACUCCUAAAGGCGAGCCUAGAUAUGAUGUUGACGAUGACGACGACGAUGAGCCUCCGGAGGAACCUUUGAUAACAUUCUCACCUGCCACCGGGACCUUCCACACCUUCCCUUCUCCUGUACGAGGAUCGCCCCGAAAGGCCAACGAGGCUACUGCAAACGAUCAUCAGUCACCAGCAGCCUACGCUGAACAUGGAAUAGACGCCCGUGUGAUGUCUGGUAGCCCUGCCCCGAAGUAUGGGUCUCUUCAGCACCAGGCUCCAUUUGAUUCUAUAACGGAUCGUGAAGCCACUCCGAAAGGCCACCCCUCGCCAGCGGUUGUUGAUGUGCCAUGGGAUCCUGUAAUGCCCAUUGGACAUGAAGCCGGCACCCCUGAGAGGCACAAUGACCCCACGAAGGUCCCUCUGCGCGAUGAUGGGGGAUCAAAUCGCUUUUCCGACGUUCCUGGGACCCCCAUCAGCCGAGAAGAAGCACUGGCUCAGAUUAGAGCGCGGAGAGAGAGAGCAAACACCAUGAAGAGGUCUGUCAGUGCCAGUGAAAGCGGGCUUCGCUCAGGAGGCAUGGGAGUUACUCCUGUCCGGAGCGCUCGACGGUACCCUGGCGUCCAGAAUCCAGAUGCAAGCGACGGUUCCAUCAGAAGUCGGAGGGAUAUGAGCGCUCCUAUCCAAAUGUCCCACUACUGA